AUAUAACUGAAAACAGAGACCCUGAGAGCCUGCCAACUGUGUGAGUUACUCACGAAUCACAUCCCGAUUCUGCUCUCAGUUCGAGUUUGAACCACGCGACGCGCACAACGGAAAAUCCUGGCAUAAAAACCCAGACUGAGAUACGGAAAAACUUACAUCUAGGGGGUUUACCUUCCUUUAAAGAAAAAUUCAAGGAAUAGCACACAUAAAAAAUAAAAACAAUCAUAAAUUGAGAGAAAAGUGAACCAGUUCCCGUGACCAAUGGAGCGACGCAAGGCUCUGAGUUUCUAUGCCAAGCUCAAGGAUCAGCAGGCGACAGCGGCUGCAGCUACAUCAGCAGAUAUAGUGACGCCUCAAAAAAACGACAAGGACGAGAGCGGAGACUCCCUGCCCGCCCUACGUCGCUCUCACUCCGUCCGCUCCUCGCUCCGGCGGCUGAAGAGCAAACUGCACAGCCCCGCCCUGCCGCUGCAGUCGCCCUUUAAGCUUCGCACCCAGCUGCACAUGCGCAGCCGCAGCGGCCGAGGAUCCUCGACAUUGGACAAGAGCAAAGCAGCCAAAGCAUUGAGAAUGCUGGGCGACCUGGACGCGGUGGCAGUGCUGACCACUAAAGUGAAAGGCAAGAGCCAAUUUGUGCCCCUUCAUCGAGAGAUGAGCACUGAAUCCUGUGACUCAGAGGAACUGGGAAUCGAACGCCUUAUGUCCACGCUCCCAGUGGGUGCAACUCUACCGCGGAAGGCCUGCAAGCUACUGCAGAUCCCCGAGAGCUUCUGCCGUCCGGCUGAGGCACCAAAGGCUACCCUGGACUCAGAUUUGGAACGGACCUUCAGCGGUGAGGAGUCUAGUACCGUGCUGGCGGAUAUCACCAGACAUGCCCAUCAGGGCAUCUACGGAACGACGCGCAUGCGCACGGCCACCAUUCGGAAGCCGAUGCCUUACCUGAACAGUCACAACAUAUUGCCCCAAGAUAAGCGCGAGAGUGACAGUGAUAGUGUGGUCAGGCUGCGGGAAAAGCCGGGAAAUCCGAGUGCUGGGAAGAACAACAACAACCAGGAAGACUAUCCCACCUACUAUCCAGCACCCCUGCUUUCCACCAGUCGCUGGUCGGAACAGCUGACUCAGCAUGCAACGGUAGCCAAGAUACGAACUGCCAUCUCCUGCCACUCUCAGGAUCUCAAGGAAAUGGAAUUCCUGCUGCCCCACUCGCGUUCCGAGGCGGCAUCACAAUCGCAGUCGCAGCUCUGCAUCUCGCGCCAUUCCCAACCCAAGAACGCCAAGCUGCGGGACGAUCAUGAAGAGACAGACUCCUCGGAAUUGGACUCUCCGCCCCUGGGCGCCGGAGACGAGAAUGCAUCCGGGAAUGUGCAGCAGCAACUCGCCGUGCACAGGCAGCCGGUGCAGCUGCGCACCAAGAUCCCGGGAAACACACCUCAUCCGCGGGCCAGUAAAAUGACAAAGAAACAGCUGAAGCUGGCCCAAGCCCAGCUGGAUAAGCUGACGCAGAGCAAUCUGCACUUGCAUGCUCUGUUCUCGGCGGUGGAGCAUGGUCAUCUCGAAAAGGCUCGUACCAUUCUGGAGUCAACCGAUGUGGAUGUGAAUAGCAUCAACAACGAUGGACUAUCCGCCCUGGAUUUGGCCGUUCUAAGCAAUAAUCGCUCCAUGACCAGGAUGCUGCUGCAGCACGGCGCCAUGGAGGGCUCACAAUUUUCCGUGGACACCAUAGGCACCAAGCUAAACGGCCUGCUCAAGGACGCCGAGUCGCGCAUCCAUGAUCUGAGCGGACCGGAGGGUCUGUGCCCACCAAUGUUUGCCUCACGUCCCUCUAUCUCGAGCAUCAUAAUUGGCAACUCAAGCGCCUCGGUGACCGGCUGCACGGGCAGUGAGGUGGAGAAGCAGAUCGGUAUUUGGGAACGCCGAGUCAAGGGGUUGCGGCGUCUGCAGCUUGGCUGGGACCAGGCUCGCCCUCCAGAUGCACCCGCCUCUGUGGUCGUUGACGUCACCGGCGACAACUCCAUUAGCGUCCAAAUCCUGGAGCCCUUCGAGGGGGCCAUCGGCACGAAAUUCAAAGUUCAAUGGUCAACCCGCGCGGACUUCAAUAACGUUGUGGGUGAGAGUGAAUUGCUGGAGUGGAUUAGCUUCCACGGCACAAUGGGCGCUCAGUGUCACAUAUCGGGACUUACCCAAGGGCGUCGCUAUUUCCUGCGUGCCGCGUGCGGCAAUGUCAAGGGAUGGGGCGCCUAUAGAACCUCUGUGCCCGCCAGUGUGGUGCCCUCAACCUGGCGAGAUUUGGAUAAUCGGGAGGAUCGUUUUGUUGGCCGCCACCGCAUCCUGGACAAUCUAUUUACCGCCGUUCGUCUGGCGCGACCCGCCGACGUCUCCGAGCUGACCCUGGAUCCGGCAAGCGGCCAGCGACGGAAUCCCAAAAAGAAAACCACUAUCAAGCAGUUAUUUUCAGUCACCUCCAAGUUUCAGAAGACCCUAAGGCGUGGCAUUUACUUCUCUUGCAUUGUCCACUGCGAUGACAAAGUCCUAGUGACCAGCGAGGACUUUCCGCCCGUCAUUGAGAUUGAUGAAUCCUAUCCCAGUGCCCUGCACAUGGACUACUACUGGCUAAUGAAGGUGGCCUGCACCUGGGACGAUGUGAAGUCACUUCGCUCGGAUAUGGAGCGCAACCUCACCUCCGCCGUUCACUUCCGCACCAAGCUCCUGUCGGCGGUCUGCCAGAUGCAAUCAGCACUGGGCUUCACUGACUUGGGUCAGCUGUACUUCAAACCAUUGAAAGAUGCACAGGGCACAGUGGUGCUGACCUGCGUACAGUCUGUCAAGAGCCAAAAGGCCGUCUCCAUCCUGAACUCUCGCUGGCUCCCGGUCAGCAAGCUGCAGAAGAAGCUCGGCGCCCUGCACGAGGACUAUACCAUCAACGAACUGCUUAUAUCGUCUAUUGGCGAUCAGCUGCAUUACCAGCAAGCUGCUCUGCAGCGCCUAGAGCCCGGGCUCUAUUUGGGCUACUUAAAGAUGCAGUGCUCCAUGGACCAGAUCCAGGUAGUGGUGCCCGUGAAAACGCCCAAUGUACUGCCGCACUGCAAAGUGCGCGAGAAUAGCCACAUAACGGCCGAGGAAUGGCAGGUGCUCCACCGUUGCACCAGCGAUCCCCUUCGCUUGCCGCUGGACUUUAGCUCUCCGGGAACAGAUACGGCUUCCGGUGGAGCAGCGACCUCCGAGGUACAGCGCCUCUUCCUAUACGAUCUCACCAAUGCGAUGCACAAGCUGUUCGCCAACAUGAACAUCAAGGCCUCUGAUGCGACUACCCACCGCCUGUACGACGUGGAGGUGAUAGAGCAUAGUCCUGACAUCAGCUUCCUGGUGGUCUGUCCAUCCGCCGAAGCCUCCUGCGCCGUGCCCGGACAAUCUGAGCUGCUCCUGCAGAGGGAUGACCUGGCCAGCCUGAGUAUACAAGCCUUCGAGAUGAUCCACCUGCGCACCUACCAGCCAGCCAUUAUUCAGAAGUACGCCCGCCUCUCCUGCAUCCUUGAGUUGGACACGGCGCUGGCCACACACGCCCUGCGCGAAGCCUUCUCCAGCAGUGAACUGCAGGCGGCCAAGGAGCGACUGGCAACCCUGCAAGAGCUCAGUUCCAGCCUAACGAUCGUGUGGAAGAGCGUUCGCUGGCUGAUGGACGUGGUGGCUUAUGCGCGCAAUAAAAGCGCCCAGCCCUCGCUGGCAAUGCGUGAGAUCCUGGACUUUGCUCAGCAGCGGCAAGACGAAUCGGUAUCGGCAACGGCGGCAGGUUCCGCCAGCAAACAGUUGCUACAACUGCCCAUCCGCGAGAGCAAGUUCUCCAAAACGGGUACAGGUCGAGGUAGUUGGCCGGGACCAGGGACCAACGAGGAUCCGGCGCAGGCCAAGCCGGAGCACUCAAAGUCGGAACAGAAUCUGGGCUUAAGUGCAAUAACUCCUGUGGAGCCAGCAUCCAAUCAAGUUUCUACACACCAAGAGUCCCAGCAACAGCAGCCGCCCCAAAACCAGCAGCAGCAACUUCUGCAAGUCUCCACGAUCAGCGAAUAUGGAGGAUCCAUUUGCUCGGAGGUGUCCCUCAGGAAGAACAGCGGGGACUCCAUGAGCUCCACGUACACGGCGCGGAGCUUUUACUCUGCCGUAGACUCUGCCUCAGAUGGCAAUAGCACGAACAGUGUGUUCGCCAUUCCUCCAUCACGCUCCGAUGACACCUUGGCGGAUGCGCUGCGGAACUCCCAGGCUUUGGCAGCCCAAAGAAAGCGCACCAGCUCCAACAUCGCACCACACGCUGCUCCUUUAAUCACAGUGCACAGCUCCAGCUCGGCUCCGUAUCUGGCUGGAUCUAGUGUUUCCUUGAGGAGCGGCAAUGGCGCCUUCGCCACGGACUUGGAGCACAAACCGCUGAAGCCAGCCGCCAAGGCAGCCUCCAGUGCAAACCUACGUGAAGGUGGACCCUAUCUGAAGAGCACCCUAGCCGAGCUAAGAGCCGUGGGUGGUGAGGAGCCGAUGCCCAGUACCUCAAAGGCUUCCUCCAUGAAGAGUUUGUCGCGACAGAGUAGCGAGGAGGACUCGGCUAGCUGCUCCAGCCUGAACACUGAGCAGGCACCGGGAAUAAUCCAAGUGUACACCGCCUACAACACGGGACUGGCCAGUGGAACCAGCCUGAAGCUGCAUGUCACCCCCAAGACAACGGCCCGCGAAGUGAUCAAUCUGGUGGUGAAGCAGCUCAACAUGGCGGUGGUGCUAAAGGGAAACAACGGACCCAUCUACGGGCCCGAGGUGCUGGAGAACUUCUGCCUGGUGGCGGUGAUUGGGGCACGAGAGCGCUGCCUGCGGGAUGACUUUAAGCCGCUGCAGCUGCAGAAUCCCUGGAAGAAGGGGCGACUCUACGUGCGCAAGAAGCACGAGCUGCUGGCGGCCAUCGAGCACUCCAACCGGAAGUCGCAUUUGAUCUAAACUUUGGAACCUGAUACAAGAAUAGAAGGAUAAUCGAGGGACAAAGAAAUCUCUAGAGAAUGGAAAGGAAAAGAAAUGGGAAAGAAGCUGAGAUAAUUAUUCACGCUCUCUUAGUUUUAAUUUGAAACCUUUGGAGAUUUAUCUGACAUUCCAGAAUUCGCCUAUCGGUCCGUUCCAGGUCUUGUAAAUUUUGUUGUGUUUUGGUUCGGUUUUUGGGUUUCCCAAUUCCCAACUCCUCCCACCCCUCUCCAGGGCAAUGAUCGUUGACCAACAACUCCCAAAUUAGACUGAAUUACUUAUGUAUGCCGGAAUGGCAAACUGAUGAAAUUGUAUUUGAAGCGGUAUUAUAUUUUGAGUAGUUAUACAUCCAACAUUACCCAAACACACACACGAAUCAGACUAAGAUAUAACAGUUGUUCUAGAGUAAAGAGAAGGUUACAACCGUACAUAAGUAGUAUGUAUGUUAUAUAAAUAUUAUGCGUGCAUCAAUGUAUUUUAUUGUAUGUAUUUGUAGUUUAGUAAACAAAUGUUUUGAUUGUAUUUUUGUGGCAUUUUUAGGGGCACUAUUUUUGAUCUAAAUGUUAAAAAUCGGUAAACACGGAACACGGAACACGAAACCAAACGAAACAGAGAACAGAUGUCAAUAUGCAUUUUAAGUGUCACUCUUGAUGUCUUGAUGUUUUGUGUGUUCUUGACAAAUUGCAAUUCCAUUGGAUUUAACAAAUACUUUAGCUGUAAUCGAUUGCUUAGUAUGUAAACGAAAAACAAAAGAUAACGAAAACGGGAAAUAUUUUUUAAAAAUAUAUAUAUACUGAUUGGCACAACAAGAAAAUGUUCAAAACAGUAAAUGGGUAACUGCAAAAUUGAAAUUAAAAUGUCUGUAUUUAUUAAAUGUAGCAAAGAGAACUCCAAGUCCGGACCUUAUCUACUCCACCAUGUAGUUGGACGUAGUAAUCCUGUUCCCAUUUCCACACAAUCUACUCAACCGUUGACCCACUUGGAAACAAUUCGAUUCUAUUAACGUGGCUUUUUCCAAUGUGCAAAGCCGUAUGUGUCUAUAAAUAACUACUCUACUCUAUAUACUCUCUCAAUAGGACGUACCAUAAGUACUUAGAGGAAACUAUUCGGAGAUAAACCCGUUUGUUGUGAACCGUAGGCAAAGAAACUGUUUCAUUGUCAAGCUCAUGUCCCAAAAACCAAUUUAUUUCCGUCGAAUUUAGAGUGCAUGUUUAGGCAGACAGGUCGUGGAAUGUGUAUACAUUUUGAAUCUUAUGAGAAACUAGACGAGAACACUUACUUUAAAAGAAUGUGCAACACACGAGUCCAGAACACAGAUAUCGAACUAUUUAAGAUGUCUACGACCAACAAACGAUUUUUGUACGUUUUCUCUUGUUUUUCGAGAUGGCGAUAAAGACGAUUUUGAUACAUUUUUACUAUAUGGUUUACCAGUCCUAGGGCUCCACGCAGCACCAACAGCAACGAACGUAGCUAAGGCUUGACCAGAAAAGGAUACCCGUACCAGGAUGCCCUCCCUCCUUGCGUUAAUGCCACCACAGCCCGGUUUCAAAAUUGUAUUGCCAUUGCCGCCACAGCCACCGUCACCCAGUUGCCUCGAUUCGAAUGGUAAUGGUCCCCGGAAUGGAAACGUACAACGAAUGUAAACAAGUUCCAAGUUGAGUGCACGAGUGGCCAGUUUCAGUUUGUUGUUAAUUCGGAAUGCCAAUUAAAAGCGAUUUCAAUUGUCAGACAGCGUCCGUCCCCAGCAAAGAGCGUUUGGUUUUCGAAUUCGAAUGGAGCGAAAUUAUACAGAGUAUUAUUUUGAAUUGCGCGAUCCAAGUGAGAUUAGUUUUUACGAUGCAAUCUAAUUGUAGCUAAUUGUUAAUGGCCUACAAAAAAUGCAAAGGCCAAAUGUAAAUGUAACCAAUCGCCAGCAUUGUACGAUAGAUGUUGUAGUCUUUCCGCAUAGGGAUGAAAUAUGAGCAUGAAAAACACAUCAACGCAGACAAUUCCUGUAAUUUUAGAUAACACAGAGACGAUGAAACCUAUCAAUGUCAGUACAUUCAUGUUAUCGACUCACUGUGUAAUCAAACAUUAAAGUUAAAAGGAAGAAAAACCAGGAAAAAAGAGAGCAAAACAUGAGGGCAACUAGCUUUGGUAAGGAUAAGAUGAGUACGAAGCAUUCAAAGAAUAUUCAAUUAAACUAAUAAAGACUCAACAAUUGUUAUGGUGUAAUUACAAA